UUUCGCAUUCAACUGAUCUUGGAGCGGUGCUCCAGUGGCAGGAGCCACAAUGAUAUUUAUACUACUUUUAAUUUAUUGUACGUCUUUGGGUAGCGGGUUUGAGAUGAAAACUAUAUUUUGUUCAAUAUCUGACAGCUGCGACUGUGACUACAAGCCAGACAUAAAAGGUUUAGAGUGGGAUCUUUAUAAAAAUCUUUAUGGACAGCAUAUGGCUCAGGACAUUGUCUCAGAAGCAGUGGUGAACUUUUUACAAAACGAAAACCCCGACAGACCACUAGUGCUGUCUUUCCAUGGAUCAUCUGGGACUGGCAAAAGUCUAGUCAGCUCUAUGAUUGGAAGACACAUCUAUGGAACGGCUAUGGGGAGUCCAUACAUCCAUCAGUUUAUUCCCACAUUACACUUUCCUUCAGCCAACAGGGUGCUACAGUACAGGUCAGAUCUAAAACGCCGGGUUGAGAAAAGCCUCACCAGUUGUGCUCGUUCGAUCUUCAUCUUCGAUGAGAUGGAGAAAAUGCCUCCUGGUGUGAUCGAUGUUUUAGAACCGCAUUUAGGCCCCUAUCACAUUCUCUUCCAGACCAACUACCGCAAGGCCAUUUAUAUAUUCAUCAGUUCUGCAGGUGAGGAGAUAGUGAACAGAAUUGCGUUAGAGAGUCGUCAGGCAGGUCGAGAUCGAGAGGAAAUUCAACCUGAUGAGCUGGAGGAGAGUAUUGCUGAUGCUGUUUACAACAACAAGAACAGUGGGUUCUACCAUUCCAGAAUAAUCACAGAAAAGCUUAUCACUCGCUUUGUGCCUUUCCUUCCCCUGCUACGGCGCCACGUGGAGCGCUGUGCCCAGCGGGAGCUCUGCCAGCGGGGCGAGUGCCAGCGUAAAGACGUGGCAUCGGCAGUAGGGGGCGCCAUGAACUACACACCAAACGACAGCAAGUACUUCUCCAGCACUGGCUGCAAGUUAGUACCGGCUAAAGUAAACCUGUUCCUUUGAGACCUGCAGGAAAAACCUUCUAGGAUCUGAACAGCUCAGAACAAGAGGUGGGACAACGAUACAGUAAAGCUGGCUGAGCGUUAGAUUUGGGGACAUACUAUUAUUUGUGUGGUAAUGAGUUCUGAUGAAGAAUCAAUACAUCUAGCUCUGGUUUGUUCAAAUCGAGCAAGAAUAAGCCAGUUAGCUAAUAGAAAGGAAAGAGCAAGUCUCAGUGUGUCUAACUACAAUUUUAGUGAUUAUUUAUUUUAUCAUGGCAUGGGAUAUUCGUUAGUGAAACUAAGUGCUGUGUUUAUGAUGCCGACCACAAGGUGGCAGCAGUGCCUACUUGAAACAAUUUUUUGUCCUUUUAAAAAAUUGUUCUUAUUUCCAUAUUUUAAAAGAUUAUAUAAAGUAUGUAAGGGAUGUAUAAUACUGUCUUUUAGUAUUUCAACAGGUUUGCUUGUUAAACUAGAGAAGAUGAAAUCUAUGCAUAUUAGUACAAAUAUGGGUACACUGCAAAAAAUAUCAGCAAAUUAGCAGUUUUCUGUAUUUUUUUGAUUUAUAUUUUUAUUUUUCCUCCUUUAUUUAUGUUCAUGAAUUGCAUUAUGGGACCUUGAUCUUACUUCCAACAACUUUUAACCUUAAAAAUUUGAUAAAGUGACUUUUAUUAACAUUUUUAGUAGUUUAAAGUGUUAUAUUGUCUGGGUUGGUGUUGUAUAUUACUCUACAAAAACAUUGGGACAUUUUUCACUAUAUAUUAUUUCUUAUCCAUUUCUUAUACAUUAUGUUAUUGCAAACUAUUAAAAUUUCAACAUAAAAAGUUGACAGAGCAGAGAUCAAGCUCCCAUAAUGCAAUUCACAACCAUAAAUAAACAAAACACACUCAUGAAUCACAAAAUAUGGAAACUCGCAUAGAUACGGAUAUUUUUUACAGUGCCAUUUUGUUUUCACUACGAGGGAUUGUGCACCCAAAAAUGUAUGUAUUUCAUCAUCUACUGACCCUGAAGUCAUUUCAAACCUGUAUGAAUUACUUUUGGAAAAUAACAUGGAUUUUUGGAGAAAUACCUCAAGUGGGUUUCUCAGUACCAUUUCAAGUCAGUCUAAUAGAUUAAAACUUUGAAUAUUUUUAAGGGACAGUUUCAAAAAUAACAUUUUCAUCAUCUUCCCACCCUCUUGUCUUUUCAGAUUAUUUAUUUAUAGAUCAUGAAAGUCGGUAGAAGGGUUUAUUUUACCAAACGCUGAAAUUCGAAGUGUUUGGCAACCUGAACUGCAGCAACGUUCUUCAAAAUGUGUCUUUUGUAUUGAAUAGUAACUCUCACAGGUUUGGAAUGGCCCGAGGGUUACAAAUGAAAUAUAUAAUGGAGUAAACCGUCCCUUUUAUCUAGUGGUUCACCACCUCAUUCUGGUGGACCAACAGCUCUGUGCAAUUUGUAAAUCAUCAGCUUGUUGUUUACAUUGUACAGUUGUUCCACACAUCCUUUAGUAUAGUCUGCAAUGUAAAUAUUUUGCACUUUUUUAAUUCAGUGAUUAUCCAUUUAUCCACUUUAAUUAAAAAAAUGCCAUGUA